GUAAAACCCUAAACCCAAACUUGUCGUGGUAUAUGGAGCAAGUGGCUAAGCUGCUAUAAAGCCCUGAGAAUUGGUGCUGUGGAUUGGAGCGGAAAUGGCCGGUGCAUUGCUCCGUUCUCUCUGGUCAUCUUCUAGAAGAUCCUUCCCUCCCACAUCCGUCUCUGAUCCCAUCCUACACAACUAUGCACGGGUUACUAGAUCUGCACGCGCCUUCUCAGCCGCCACAGCUGCAGCGCCUGCAGCUAUCCCUGGUGGUGCGGUGGAUCCUGGCUUGCUGAGGAACGUCGCCGUCAUAGCUCAUGUCGAUCACGGGAAGACCACUCUCAUGGACCGGCUCCUCCGCCAGUGCGGUGCUGACAUCCCACACGAGCGUGCUCUUGAUUCUAUCAGCCUCGAGCGCGAGCGUGGUAUCACAAUUGCUUCCAAGGUUACCUCUCUAUCAUGGAAAAAUAAUGAGCUGAACAUGGUUGACACUCCUGGACAUGCAGACUUUGGUGGUGAAGUUGAGCGUGUAGUUGGCAUGGUUGAGGGAGCAAUCCUAGUUGUUGAUGCAGGUGAAGGACCACUUGCACAGACAAAAUUUGUUCUUGCCAAGGCCUUGAAAUAUGGUUUACGUCCUAUUCUUCUUCUAAACAAAGUAGACAAGCCUGCAGUUACUGAAGAGCGAUGCAAUGAAGUUGAGAUUCUUGUCUUUGACCUUUUUGCAAACCUGGGAGCUUCAGACCAAGCAGUCGAGGCAUAGCCGCAUAUAGUUGUGAUGGACAUCUGAUAUCAGUGGUUGUUUUCUUCACUGUUACCCUCCUUUAUUUUCAGAGGAACAAUUAGAUUUUCCUGUUCUUUAUGCCUCUGCAAAGGAAGGAUGGGCUUCAUCGGCUUAUACAAAGAGUCCUCCAAACACUGCCAAAGACAUGUCCGAAUUGCUCGAUACAAUCGUACGCCAUGUUCCUCCACCAACUGCCAAUCUGGAUGCACCUUUUCAGAUGUUGGUUUCCAUGAUGGAGAAAGAUCCCUAUGUUGGGCGAACGUUAACUGGACGUGUAUCUUCUGGAGUUGUUCGUGUUGGGGAUAAAGUACAUGGGAUUCGGAAUACAGACUCAGGAAUUGUCAAGAUUGAAGAAGGAAAAGUCACAAAGUUGAUAAAGAAGAGGGGCAUGAGUGCAGUUUCAGUUGAUUGUGCUGGUGCUGGUGACAUAAUUUCAAUGGCUGGGUUGACCACUCCAGCAAUUGGUCAUACUGUUGCGAAUGUUGAGGUUUCGACAGCUCUGCCCACUGUUGAUCUUGACCCCCCUACAAUUUCUAUGACGUUUGGUGUUAAUGAUUCUCCAUUGGCUGGACGUGAUGGAAUCCAUUUGACUGGAGGUAAAAUUGGUGACAGGCUAAUGGCUGAAGCAGAAACCAAUCUUGCUAUAAAUGUUCUGCCCAGUACGUCAGAGUCAUACGAAGUACAAGGGAGGGGUGAACUUCAAUUAGGAAUCUUAAUUGAAAACAUGAGGCGAGAAGGAUUUGAGCUGUCUGUCUCUCCACCCAAAGUCAUGUACAAGUUUGAGAAAUCUCAAAAGCUUGAACCUAUUGAAGAAGUGACUAUUGAGGUUGAUGAGGCACAUGUUGGUCUAGUCAUGGAAGCACUCAAUCACCGGCGAGCUGAAGUAACAGACAUGGGUCCUGUCCCUGGCAAUUUCGGCAGGACAAGAAUGUGUUUGACUUGUCCUUCAAGAGGGUUGGUUGGUUACAGAAGUGUGUUCAGUAGUGAUACUCGUGGCACCGGAUUCAUGCAUCGUGCUUUUCUGAAUUAUGAGAAGCACCGUGGUCCUCUUGGAAAUGUCAGAAAAGGUGUUUUGGUAUCUAUGGGCUAUGGAACUAUCACUGCUCAUGCAUUAAUGAGUCUAGAAGCUCGUGGAGUUCUCUUUGUCAGUCCUGGGGUAGAGACAUAUGAUGGCAUGAUUGUUGGAGAACAUUCUCGAGACACUGAUCUUGAUAUUAACCCAGUAAGGACAAAGGAACUCACUAAUAUACGGGCUGCCAGCAAGGAUGAGAACGUGAAGCUAUCUCCUCCUCGACUUAUGACUCUUGAGGAAGCAAUAGGAUAUGUUGCAUCAGAUGAGCUUAUUGAGGUUACACCCAAAGCGAUUAGGCUAAGAAAGAGAUAUUUGGAUGUCAACAAGCGUAAAGCUAUGAGGCACAAACCAAAGGAGUGAAAAGUUUGAGGAAUCGCAGUUUUGUAAGCUAUCAGUAGCUCUGCUAGAGGCUAUUAGUGGAAUAUAUUGUAUUACAUUGCAUUAUUAAUGUUUGGAUUUAUCCACUCCAUUUUAGGUUCUUUAUAUUUAUAAAUACAUUUUUUACAUGCAUAAAAAUUGUAUAUAACUACUACCAGAUUACCAGUUUCACCAUUGAGGGAUAGAAGAAACCUUUACUGUACUAAAUGGUAUAAUCAAUAAGAGACUCUUCAUUAACCAGUACUGACGAGUGUCAAGUGAUUUAC